AUUUCCUCUGACUAUGUCUGAGCUGUAAACCUCAGGCUGAAAUUUUGAAAGAGAGAGACAAAAAAAGAAAGUCUUUUUCUUCAAUACAACUACAAUAAACCUGUUUUUUUUUUUUUUUUGGGUUUGGGAAUGGUAAGGAUGGCAACCUUUGGAGGGACUACCCAGAAGUGUAAGGCUUGUGAGAAGACUGUAUAUUUGGUUGAUGAGCUUACUGCUGACAAUAGAGUCUACCAUAAGGCCUGCUUCAGAUGUCACCACUGCAAACGCACCCUCAAGCUGAGUGAUUAUUCCUCUUUUGAGGGUGUUCUAUACUGCAAACCUCACUUUGACCAACUCUUUAAGAGGACUGGUAGUUUGGAUAAAAGUUUCGAAGGUACUCCUAAAACUGUUAGAGACAGAUCAGCAGAUCAGGUCCAAACUAACAGCAAAGUUUCGCGCAUGUUUGCUGGUACACAAGAAAAGUGUGUUGCUUGCAAGAAAACUGUUUAUCCCAUUGAGAAGGUUGCUGUGGAUGGUACAUCAUACCAUAAAGCCUGUUUCAGAUGUACACAUGGUGGUUGUGUGAUCAGUCCAUCGAACUAUGUAGCGCACGAGCAGCGUCUCUACUGUAAGCAUCACCAUAACCAACUCUUCAAGGCAAAGGGAAACUUCAGUCAACUUGACAAGCAUGAAGAUGUGAAAAUACAAGAUGUGAAGAUAGAAGAUGUGAAAGGGAUGACUGAGAACAGAGUUAACACAGUUCCCGUGGUGGCCGAGUAAUUGAUUCCAUACUAUGAUCUGCUUCUGAUCAUAGGAUUUUCUCGACCUAAAACAAAAGCAAAUUGUUUCUAGUAUACAAGAAUAGUCUUUGUUUGAGCUUUUCUUUUCAUUUUGCUGUUAAAUUUUGAAUGCGUUGAUGAGUGAGUUUUAAUAAAACUGUGUUAGGCAAAUGUUUUAUGCGUUUCGGAUUUGAGGCUUGUUAUAAAGUUUAAGUCUUCUGUCUGUAAUCAUUUCUUGUUUUUUAAUGUAUAACUUUUAUACAUUACAAAAAAAUUGAAAUCUUGGACAGAAAUUUCUGAA